CGCUAGCCAAGGGUUUCCGAUCCGAUACCUACUCUACAACCCUUGGCAGAUUUAGUCAAUCAAACGGGGAAAUUCAAUUGCGCCACCUAACGUCGUGAUUGAGUUAAGUCCCUUGAAGCUCUUUUUUACUUGACCAAUGAAAAUAGCUGUAACAUAAGUAAAUCAUUAUGACGUUUAAAAACAAUAUGGCGACUCCCAUGCAAUUCGAUAAGAUUUGUUCCAGAUUUAAUAUACAGUCUUUAACAGAGAACCAAGUUAAGAGUAUCAGUGCCACAGAAAACGGAAAAGAUGUUUUUUUAAGUACAAGAACCGGCAGUGGAAAAUCUUUGACUUAUCAGUAUAUCCCAGUGCUGCAUCCAGGGGAAUGUGUUUUAGUCGUUGCCCCCCUCUUGAGCAUUAUGAGAGAGCAAUGUGAUAGACUUAAACAAUUAGGAUUUAAAGCAACCUAUAUCGGCAAGGAGUUAAUAGAUGCCGAUGCAGUUGAACAAGGGUUAGUUGAUUUUCUGUUCGGCAGCCCGGAGUCCUUCAUAAAUAAUUCCAAGUGGAGAGACAUGCUGAAAUCUGAAGUUUACCAACAGAAAUUGAAGUUAAUUGUUGUUGACGAGGCCCAUACAGUUACACAGUGGGGAAAAGGUGACAAAGAUGAAGAGCCUUUUAGAGAGGCAUUUGCAAACAUAGGGGAAUUGAGGUCACUCUGUCCUAAAGCAUCUUUGAUUGCCUUAACUGCAACAUCAGGACCAAGUCAGCGUAGGAGAAUUAUGAAAAUUUUAUGUUUUCGGAACAAUGUUGAAGUAAUUUUAGAUUCACCAGAUCGUGAAAAUAUAAAAAUAACAUCUAUGUGUAUUCCGAAUUCUGACAAUUUAGAAAAGGUGUUUAAGUGGUUGAUUGAUACUUUACGGUCCCAAAAGGAACAAAUGGAAAGACAUAUAAUUUUUUGUGAAAGUAUCUCAGAUGUGUCCAAAAUUUAUACAACAUUUGUCAAACAUUUUGGCAAUGACUGUCAUCUUUUUGAAAUGUUUCACAGCAAGACCGAUGAAAAAGUAAAAGAAAUAAUUUCCGAGGAUAUGAAGAAGGAUGGCAAUAUCCGAAUUUUGAUAUGCACAGAUGCAGCCGGUAUGGGGGUCAAUUUCUACAAUGCGUACCAUAUUAUCCAUUACAAAUUACCUAGAAAAAUUGAUACAUUUGUACAGCAGAUGGGAAGGGCAGGAAGAGAUGGAAAGUUGUCUGAUGAACUGAUUCUGUAUAAAACUAAUAAAAAUCAAAUUAAAAAAGUAGAAAGUGAGCUUAUUCGGUUAGCUAAAGAUGACAAAUGUAGACAUGAAAUCCUUUGUGAAGCAUAUAUGUUACAAAACAAGAAAAUAUUACCACCUCAUGACUGUUGUGAUAUUUGUGAAAAAACAUGCAAGUGCAAAUGUGAUCUAUGUCCUCGGACACAUGAAUGUUUAAAAAUAGAUGAUGAAGACAGUGGAUCAUCAGAAGAUGAAAAUGAGAUGAAGCGAUUUGUAAGCGAGAGAGAAAAAGAAAUCAUUCAUGAUAAGUUACUAUUUUAUAAAUCACAAAUGUCCAAUACUGAUUGUAUCAUAGAUUUUGAAGUACUGAAUGGGCUAACAAAUGACGUUGUUAAGAAGAUUGUGGAAAAUUGCAACUCAGUUUUUACACCUGAUGAUGUAAUGAGAAAAUUCCCCAUUUGGUGUACAGAUACUGCCACAGAUAUCUGUGAAAUUAUCUCUGAUGUUGUUGGUGAUUCUGAUAUGUAUAAUUUUGCUCAGGACACUGAGUCAGAUUGAUUUUUUGAAAUGAAUAUAUAUAAUACCAAACUUGA